CCUCCCCUCGCGUCAUCCACCUCCCCCCAGCUGAUCUGGAGCGGCUGCCCCCUGCAGAUUUUGGAUCGCAGCGCGCGCGGAAAAGAAAAGUUUCUGUCUUCCAGUUUGGCCACUGAAAUGAGCUUACGGUAAUUGUUUGGACAUAAAAGCAUGGAACCUCCUAAAACUUCAUUGGUAUCUGAAGAACAAUCUUCUACAGAGAUUGAUGAUCGUCAUUAUUCAUUGCAAGCAGAGCAAGAGGAUACUCAAAAAAGAACUUUCACAAGCUGGGUGAACUCACAGCUAGAAAAGCAUUCAUCGCCUUCUCUUAUCUUGGACUUGUAUUCAGACAUUGGGAAGGGGCAUGUGCUUUUGGAUCUGCUGGAGGUCCUUUCAGGCCAACAACUGCCACGUGAAAAAGGAUCGAACACUUUCCAGUGCAGAAGCAACAUUGAAAAUGCCUUAACCUUCCUGAAGAACAGAUCACUCAAGCUUAUAAACAUCCAUGUUGCUGAUAUCAUUGAAGGAAAACCAUCCAUUGUGCUUGGUCUCAUAUGGAUCAUUAUAUUGCAUUUUCAUAUUGAAGAAUUAGCCAAGGUUCUUGCUUGUGGAUACAGUCACCCAUCUCUGGACAGUUCAGGUGAUGUGGAUUUAUCACCAGCAACAAGCCCAACAGCCAAAAUAAAUGUUAAAGCAAGGGAACGAUGGAAGAUAUCGGCGAAGAAGGCUGUCCUGCUAUGGGCUAAAGAGCAGUGUGACAAGCAUGGGUCUAUCAGCGUUGCAGAUUUCAAAUCCAGUUGGAGAAAUGGAUUGGCUUUCUUAGCCAUCAUUCACGCAUUAAGACCAGGUUUGGUUGAUGUGGAGAAAGCCAAAGAGAGAUCUAACAGAGAGAAUCUGAAAGAGGCGUUUCAAAUAGCAGAAAAGGAACUCAAUAUACCCCAGCUACUUGAACCUGAAGAUGUUGAUGUCAUCAGUCCAGAUGAAAAAUCUAUCAUGACUUACGUGGCUCAGUUUCUCCGGUAUUUUAAAAGUUUACCUGUGGCUGAAGACAAAAUGCAGGGAAAAGUCAGAGAGACCUUGAGCUGGCUCAGUGCCCAAGAAUGUAAGUUAACAAAGUUGCUGACUGAGCUAGAGAACGCAUCCUUCCACAAGAAGUUUGAAGCAAUGCUAUCAUUUACAGAAACAUUUAAUGAGGAAAAAAAGGCCUUCCUUCCCAUUCUGGAAUCUAAAAGAAAAGUUUCAGAGCUGGAUGAAGAUUACUUGGAGAUGAAGGAAGCACGGGAUAACCUAUCAUCUCAGAUGAAUGAAUGGAAAGCAAAGCUGGACAAUUUGUUACCUCCACCUCUAGAUGCCACUGAAGCUUGGCUUAAAGAGACAGAGCAGCAUCUGGCACACAAUCUACCAGUUUCUCAAGAUGAUUUGAAAGCAAUGGCUGUGCUUGAAGAAAAAAUGAGAGCUAUCCAGAAUUUGAUGGAAAGUUUUCAACAACAUUUGGAAAUCCUGCAGUCCUUUGAGAACAGAGAUAAUGCUGGAAUGCUGCUAGUCCCACCUCAGAAGCUGGAAGAAAUGAGAAGAAGGUUCAGCAAAGUUCAACUUGAAAAUUUUGGCAUAUUUGUGGAAUACUACCGCUUAUCCAGCUCAGCUGUCUUCAAGGAACUGACAUCUAAACUGAACAUCUGGCACAUCAAGUUUGGGACUAAGGAGACUGUGGAGUUAUUGCUAUUAGAUUGGCAUCAUUUUAUUGAAGAACAUGAUUUUCUUGGUCAGCUGGACACUGCGUUACAAGUAUGUGAAGCACAGAAGAAUGAAAUGAUACAGAUUCCUAAUUUGGGUAAGAUGUUUAAGAUGAUAGAAGCUCAGAUUUCCAAGUGCAAAGAGUACAUUAACAAUGUGAAUGAUACCUUGAAAAAAGUUUUAACAUCUUGGGCCACCUAUAUGGAGAAUGUCCAGUUGCUAAAAACUUGGCUGGAAGAGACACGAAAAGACCAUCCUAAGAAGAUCUCCACAGAGACCUUGGCAGCCUGGAACUCACGGCAUGGUUCCUUAAAUGAAGCUGGAAACUUUUUGAUUGAAUCCAGCAAUGUAGAAGUGGGGUCAGCAGUUUCUGGAGAACUGAAAAAAUUGAACAGAAAAUGGGCUAAGCUUAUAAAGAAGACAAAGUUUGAGAUGAAAUUGUUGAGGAUGCAAGAGGAAGAAAUGAUGUUAGUAACAGAUAACAAUGGAAAUGUUGAGUCUUCUAUGAAAUUCAAUCUAGACAUGUUUAAUAAUCCGGUGGAACCCUCAAAGAAGCCUCCUAAAAUGUGCUUUGAUAAGGCAGAGAUUUUUCCUGUUAGCUUUCAUGCAGAUCCGUGUAUACCAGAAGAGUUCUCAGAAGAUGAGGUCAGGCUAAACUUUGAAAAAGCUCACAAGGAACUUGAAGCAUCUGUACUAAAAGCUAUGCAACUUGUAGGCCAAAAGGCAAAUUCUGGUGAACCACAUUCAAAAUAUGAAGAGGCUUUUAGCAUCUUGGAUACUAACAUUCUUAGCAAGUUUUUAAAAGCAGCAGAACAACUGAAAAGCAUUUUAUCUGCUUGUGAAAAGGCACUGGUGGAGGAAAGGAGCAAAGAUGUUUGUGAGAGAUGGGAGGCUGUUCGCUGUGAAAUCAUGUCCUAUAUUCACCUGAAAUUGAAAAUUGAAAGAGAGAAGUUGAAUAAGACUUUUUCAAAUCUCAAUAAGCAGAUAAAUAAAGAGAAGAAACUGCUCAAUGCAGGAAAAACCAAAGGACUUAUUGAGGAACACGAGCAAGGUAGCCUGGGUGAGCUUAACACUUGCUUACAAGCUUUGAAAACAAUGAGUGAGAAAAUGACCAAAGUGGAAAAGGAGUCCAAAAUGGAACUGCCCAUUGCAGAAUAUGAACAAAAGAAAAAAGAACUUCAAAAAAGCGCAGCAACUAUUUACAGUGAGUUGAUAUCUAGGACUGGCGAUGACCAUUCAUCUGAGAAAGGAGAUUUUACACCUGCUUCAGUCAAUGAAGAGAGGGCAUCAUCUCAGAAUCCUGAAGCUGAAAAGAGUGAGAGGAUAGGAAUGGCCACUCAAGUAUCACUGGAGAGUGCCCAGGAUUCAGAAGAUGUUUCUUGUAUAAAUUUGGAACCAGAAAAGGACUUUCAAAAUGGCGGACAUCAUACAGAAAAGUUGGAAAUUGAUGGAGACUUGGCCUUAAAGAGAUUAAAAGAGAGCUAUGAUACAGCAAGACAUAAUCUGAAGCUUCACCUAAGCAGCAUCAGGGAGAAUAUAACUCCUCCUUUAAUUGAUGAUGUGAGAAAUGUUUCUUCCCUUCAGAAGAAAUUGCAAACACUGGAAGCUUUAGAGAGUAAAGGUGAUUCUUCCUGGAAGCUGUUUGAUUCUGUGGCUUCACAGCUAGUAAAGCUCUCAAGUGAGAUGGACAGUCCUGUCAUCUCUGAGAAAUCUCUGGAAGAUCUGCACAAAGAAUGGGAUGAGCUCCAGUUUGCUUUAGAUAAAAGGAUGGAAUCUUUGAAGGCUGCUUUGGCCCUUGUUUUGCCAAUAGAAAAUGAAUGGGUCCUACUCUGCAGAUCAGAAGAACAGCUUUGCAAAAGAGACAUUCCACGGUGUGUGAUGAAUAAAACUGAUCUUCUGUUCAAGAAAGUGAAGAAAAUUCAGGAAUCUAUAGCAAAUUGUAUUGAACAGUGCAACAGCCAAGAGCAAAAUAGCCCUGCAGGAUGGACAGUUGACCAAAGAGAUCGGCAAGCCAUUGGGUUAAUGAUCAGCAAGUACAAAACGCAAUUAGAAGAAAUGGGUCAGAAGAUACAAGUCAUUGAAACAAUUCUGCAAGAUCUUGAAACUUUUCUGGUGUCUCUGAGACGUAUUCAAUGUUCUGUGGAUGUCUCUACACCUCUGAGCUGUUCUCCACAGCCAAUGCAGGAGAUUUCUCAUAUGGAAAAAGAGGCCAAGUCUCUAGAUGAGAAAUUGAAGCAACUCCGUAUCUAUUUGGUAGAGGCUGAAAGUGGUAAAAAGAUGAGCUGUGAAGAGUUUGUAGCAGCUUUACUUGUAAAAGAAAACCCUGCUAUUGGCUCUGAAGCAGCAGCAGAGUUUACCCAGAAUCAAAAGACUGAAGAAUUUUCCUUGAAGAAUAAUGAGCUAUUUAAAAAUAUUCAAGACAUAUAUGAUUUGAUCAGUACAAUAGGCUUGAGGGACCCAACAAUUCCUGCUAUUCGGCAAAGGUUGAAAUUGAUCAAUGAAUUGUGGAAGAAGCUGGAUCGCUGUGCUCCAGAAAUGAAGACCUUGAAUGAGAUAAUUAGUCAACUUUCCCAGUUGCCAAAAGCCCAGGAAAAUGAAGUCCGUCGGCAGUGGGGACUUACCCAGGACCUAUGGGAGAAGACUAAACUUGCCAUUACUGAAAAGCGUGAACACUGUAAAAGCACAAUGGAACUCUUGAAGCAAUACCAAAGCAGCAGAACCUGUUUGACUAGCAUUAUUCUGAAGCAAGAAAUUGCCCUGUCGCAGCAAGCCUCUUACAUGGGAAAAGAGAAUCUGCAGAAGAUUAUUGCUAAGGUCAACAUGGUAAAGGAAGAAUUUAACAACCACUCUGAAGAUAUUGAGAGAUUAAGCCAAAUGUGCAAAAAUCUUCAGUCUCAACUGAACAAGAUGAAGAGUUUUGAGGAGCCUCCAUUUGAGAAUGAGGCUAAUGCUAUUGUGGAUCGAUGGCUGGACAUAAAUGAGCGGACUGAAAACUAUUGUGAAAAUCUGGAAAGAGCUCUGGCUUUAUGGGACAAGCUCCUUAAUUUAUCCAAUUUGAUUGAUGAGUGGUCAGAUGCCAUGCAGAAGAACUUAGAGGAUGGGAACUUGACUGAAAAAGAAUUGGAAGAGUUGGAGGCUGAUGUCCUGUUCCAAGAAAAAAAAUUAGAGGAAUUUGAUAGAAAGGUGGAUGAAAUACAGUAUCUUCUUAAUGGCAGUGAACCCCCACUUGAAUUACAGGUUAUUAAAUCUUCUCUUUUGAACAAAAUGGAGCUAAUAAGAAAGCAUUUACCAAAUAAGUCAGUACCCACUGAAGGCAGUGACGAUGUGGCAGAGCUUAAAGGAGACCUUGACCUUGCCAAGACUCAGAUUGGAAUGACGGAAUCACUUCUGAAAGCUUUAGCUCCCUCUGAUACCUUGGAGAUUUUUACAAAAUUGGAGGAAAUACAUCAGAAGAUUCUUCAUCAAAAACAACACAUGAAGUUACUUCAGAAAGAGACAGGCUAUUUGAACCCUGAUGUAAUUGAAUUAAAGAAGCAGCUGAUAAGUAUCACUGACUUAUUUAAUUCAAAAAAACAAAUAUUUCAGGAUCACUUUACAACUCUUUUGAACAAGCAGUGCAAGCGUUUUGAUGAUUGGUUCAGCAAUGCCCAGAUCUCUCUGGAAGAGUGUUUUGACUCUUCAGAAACCAAAGAGGCAGUGGAAGAGAAAAUUCAUCAAUUAAUGGGUUUCCUAAAUUUUGAAGGCAAAGGCAGUGAUAUUGAUGAGGUGAAGACUGUUCUGAACCAGGUGAAGAACUAUUUGCCCAAAGUAAAUGUCAAUCAGUUGAGUAGCUGGGUGAGGGACCAAGAAGUGGAAUUGCAAAGAGUAAUUUCCAAAUGUCAGGCACGAGAAAUUGAGCUUCACAUCUUCCUUCAGCAAUUUGCUAGGCUUGAGAAGGACUUUAAGAGUCUGGAGAAGUGGCUAAGAAUCCAAGAAGAGAAACUGCAAGAGGUUCAAAUAGAGAAGACAGGACUUGAGCAUUUUUAUCAAAUUCUACUCAAACAGAGGGAGUGGUUUGAUUCUUUUGAUUGGCGGGCAAAUUAUUUGAAAAACUCAGAAUUUUUGAAUGAUGAAACAGUUCUAGAGUCUGCCCAGCUUGUUAGCAGAUACAAGAGGUUGCUUAGUCAUGUACAUAAAAGCCUUGGAGUUUCUCAGUUGUAUUGUGCAGAAAGAAAGCAUUUUGAAGAGCUUGUCAGGAGCAUGCUUUGCUGGCUAGAAAGUCUGAAAAAAUCUGUCCUGGAGAUGAGUGCUGAAGAAUCUGAGAUACCACCAGAAGAAAGGUUGUUCAAAAUGCAGGAGAUUGCUUUGCUGAAAGAGGAAGGCAAUGCUAAACUGCAAACUAUUACAGCUGUUGGAGAACAUUUGAAGUGUGACGAUAAGGACAGGAACCUAGCUAUUCAGCAGAUAGUUUCUGAUGUCCAAAAGAAUUGGGACUGCACUAUUCAUCUGGUAAUUGAUUGUCUGAGGGACCAGGAACAACUCAAGCAUCAAAUGGAACAAGUGAAGCAGACAGAAGAGGACACCAAAACUGUGUUUUAUGAAGUAGGGAAGCAGAAGCAAGAAUUAAAUAUUGAUCUUCAUCCCAGUUCACAGGAAGUACAAAGUCAGUUAAACAAUUAUUCUGCACUUCUGAAAGAAACCGAAGGCCUAACAUUUCUCUUAAAUGAACUAACAAGACAACGCAAUUCUUUGGAGGCAUGCACUAAUAGCUUCUUCAGUGUAGAAUCAUUGAUGGCUUUACAGCAUCUCUACAAAAGUCUUCUUACCCGAUUGCAGGUUGGCAUCAUGGCAGAUUAUUGGUUUAAUACAACAAAGCUCUUGGAAAGCUGUGUUGGGGGGCACCAGCAGUGUGAAGAGUUGACAACACUUUUGAUAACUUCCCUAGAGGAGCUCUUGGGGCCUGAGGGUGCAGAGCAAAAGCAGGUACAGUGUGAUAUUCUUUGUCAAGCUGAAGACAGACUACAAGAGGUUGUUGCUCUAAUGGAUUCCAUCAGAUUGGAACAGACAUGUAUUAAGGAUGAGAUAGAUGCACCUCAAAUUAAGCAGAAGUAUCUGAAAACUACAUGUGGACUUGAGCAUGAGACUGAGGGCAUCCACAGUGAUAUAUGCAAGCAUAACAUACUGACCAAAGAGGAGAUGGAUAAUGAAACAACGAACACAGGAAAACUGGAAAACUCCUUUAGAGUGAAAAAUCAAAUGGAAAGACAAGCUCCAGAACUUUUUCCAGAAUGGUUGACAAGUAAAGGACAAUUACCAAGCAACUUAGCACUUGAAUCUGAGGAGAGAGCAGCUUCAGUUGCUGGGCAGGAAUUGAAAGGCAAUUUGAUGGAAGCCCACAAUUUCCAAAGUUCAGCAAGCCAGUGUGCAAAGCAGCAGCAGAAAUCAGAGCAGAUACUGGCUGAUGAUUAUCUCAAUGAAUCUCCGCAACAGCAGCAUGGCUAUCAAAAGAAAUUGCAAGCAACAUGUGGCUGGUCAGAAAUGCCUCAAACCAUUUUGCCGUUAACGAAUGGAAAAGUAAUAGAGGCCAACCCUACUCCUUUGUCCAUUAUACAUCCAUCUCCAGAAAGCCAGGGCUAUCUUGAAGACCAAGCAAUUGCUGGGUAUGCUGAGAUGGAACAAAAGGUCAACAAAGUGAAAAUCUCGACUGCAGAGUUAGAUAUUGUAUUAAUGAAAGAUCAACUGAGAGAGAUAGAGGAUUUGUAUCUGCAGCUAGAAAAGCAGAAAGCUCAAGCUUUGUCACUGUGGCAAGGACACUCAACUGUGGCCGAAGGAAGCAAGUCAGAUCACCAGGACCCCCACGGUGUUACUUCAUCCUGUUGGAACAGACUCCUACAAGAAUUAAUGGCUGUUAAAGAGGCCAAGCAGAAUCAAUUUAAUUUAGUUAAUCGCUACCAAGAAUGUCUUGCUGCUUUCCAGUCUUCAAUGAAACAUUUAUUAGCAGAAAAAGAAAAUAUGAACACGGGACCUAUGGAAGACACAGUACUCCUGGAGAAUUUGAACAAAUUGUUGGCUUCUACACAAAAAGGAAGUAUCCUUUUAAACAAGCUAAAAACUGAACAAGAAAAUCUAUCUAGACAUCUAUCCAGUCUGGAUAGGGAAUUGAUACGAAGUCAGGUGAAUCAAGCUGAGCAGCGGUGGAAACAAAUGGAGGACUGUCUUCAAAAGAAACAGUUCUGUAUUGCAGCAGAAGUGGAGGAGUUUAAACUUUGCAUGGACAAAGCACAGGAACUCCAAAGAUGUUUGCAACAGCAACAUGAUUUGCAAACAGGCCUGGGUACUCCUGGUAAAGAAGAGCAUUCAUGCCCUCUCUUGAUUCCUUUAGAACUACACAUCCUUAAACAUAAUAUUUCUUUGUUAAAAAGAAAUGCUGAGAUACAGAUGAAAAGAAUGUGGAGCAGUCCAGGAAAAACAGCCUUGGAGAACACAAUAAAUGAUCUUCAGCGUCAGGUAGAAGAAUUAGAACAAAUGACCCCUAAAGAGAAUGUCCAGAUAACUGACAGUCAUCCCCAGAUAUAUGAAAUAAGAAAAAAGAUAGAAGAUGCCAUUUUGGAGACCAGAAUUUUAAUGCUCCAUCCUGAUGAGAGGGCAGCACUUUAUCCAGAUGAUCUUCUCUUGCAAAUUAAAUGUUGUAAGGCUGUAAUCAGUGAUGCUGAAGGAAAAGAGCCAGCUUUUAUGAGGCUAGCAGAUGAAGCUCAACAUGUUGCUUCUCACAUGCCAUCAAAGGAGGGUUCUGCACUUAGCAUCCUUUCACAUGAGUUGCAAACCGGUUACCAACUCCUUAUUUUGAAAUCAUCUCAGAGGUUACAGCAGCUGGAAUCUCAGCUUGGAAAAAGAGAAAACCUUUUUGCAAAUAUAGAGAAAUUUGAAGCACAACUUCAGAAGAUGAAGACAAUGUCUAGCUUAGAUGUUGAUAAAACAAGUCUAAAGUCUGAGUUUGACCACAUGCAGAAUCUUUUAGAAAAGACUCCCAAGAAGAUUCAGGAGAUGGAAACCCUUGUAGAUGCAAACUAUUGUGAUGCUGAAGGAUUAAAUGCUUUUGAGCAACUGUUUCUAAAUGAUUGUUUGAGAAGCCUGAGGAUUAGAGCAAAGAGGAUCCAUAGGGUAAUCCAAAUUAAGGGUUGUUUAGUACAAAACAAAAUGGAAGCCUAUAAAAAAUUCUCAGAAGAGAUAAGGGCUUUGCAGCAGGAUCUCAGCAAUCUUCUUUUUGAUGAGCUGGAACUAGAUCCAGAGGAACUACUGUCUAGGAGUCAAGAGAUAAAAGAUAAAUUGAAUAUGCUUAAAGAGAAAACUUCAGCCAUCCAGUCACGUUUAUCAUACUUGGACCAAUACCAGGAGAUUUGGAAAUGGCUGGAUCUGAAAUGGGAUACGUCACCUCUUGAUGAACUGAAAGAACAGUUUUGCAAAGCAAAGGAUAACCUUGACAAGAGGGUUAAAUACCUAAAGAAUUUAUUUGCAGAAUAUGACAGACAUCAGAUAGUUCUAAGUGAGAUUGAGGCUACAGUGUCUAGUAUUCAGAAAGAAUGUGGUGAUUUAAAAGAUCUUACCAGUUCUACUUCUGAAACCAGUCUGAUAAUAGGAAAAAAAAUGAUAUGGAGAGUUGAACAUGUUAGAUAUAUAACUCAGGAAGCAUUCAAGCUGUUCAAGAAAAAUAAAACGUUUAGCACCUCUCUUAAAAAGACCAAUGUGCAGCAAAUAAAGUCCUUAGAUGCAAAAAUAGAUGGGCUGGAACAAAUGAUCCAAUCUAUGAUAUUAGCUAAUCAAGAAAUAUACAAGUAUGAACAAGGUUUCCAGAGCAAGCUGGGCCACAAUUUAAGGACUUUAAAGCAAAUUCAAUCUGAACUCCAACAGCCUGUCCUACUGGACUUGAAAAUUCAAAUGAUUCCCUAUGAAAUGAUGUAUUGCAAAGUGCUUAAAGGUGCUAUAGAGGCAGAAAUUUGUGCUGCUGAAGAUAUAAUUAAAGAGAAAUCAUCUGCCCAACAAACACUUCCCCAUCCUGAGAGUUUAGAUAAAGAAAUAGAGGAAUUCCAAAAUCUGAAAAUACAGCUGUUAGCAGAUUUUGCUGAACAUACAGGAGCCUUAGAUGAAGCCUUUAAAAUGGUGAAGCUUUACAACAAAGCUGUCGAAAAAACUGCAGAUCUCCUCAGUCAGUGUGAAGCCUUUCUCUCUACUCCACUGCUUAGUUUACACAAGCUAGAAGAGUCUCAUCUUGACUUUAACCAGAAACAAGAAGAAUCUGAGGUUGCAAAGGCUGAAGUGGAAGCAUUAACCUAUACUCUGAAAAAGUCAAUUAAAUCAAAAGCCAAACUGCAGAUGGAAAAAACACUUGGUGAUCUAACUGCUAAGAAUUUGGCAGUAAGAGAGCAGAGCCAAAAGGGAAAUUCCUACAUUCAGAGUUUCAAAAAAGCCAAUGAGAGGAUAUGUGCCGAGCUUAACAAUGCAGAAAAAGUCCUUUGGAAGUCUUUAUACCAUGUUCCAGUGUCUUACAAAGAAGCUUUACAACAUUCAGAACAAAGCAAGACGCUGUCUUCACAAUUAGCUUCAACCAAAGAGGAUCUAAUGAAGUUGAGGCGAGACUCACAAUCUCUAAGCUUAAUGUGCAAAGAAAAUGGUGGAGUGCUGAUUGUACCCAUUGUAUCAAUGCUGUGGCUGAAAUGGCUCUGUUUGUUCAAUACUGCAAAAGAAUGGGAGGGCAAAUGUGAAGAACAGAACCAAGAAUGGAAAUCUGUCAGUGAAGAAUUGGAACGAGAAACAAUCAUUCUAGACAAUCUUCAGGACGAACUGCCUGAGAGCCUCCAAGACAAACAGCGAGCGACCAAAGAAGAACUGCAAGCAUUUCUGGAAUCUGCAAGCAAUUAUAUAGAAAAUGUGGAUACUGAGAAAUUGUUGCUACGCUUAAUACUUUGCCGAUUAAGGAACAUUCUGAGUGUCCCUGAAAGUUUGUCUGGAAAGGAAGGUCUUCCUAUUGUAGGUGAAAUUCAAAACAUGCAGCAACGUACAGAAGAGCUCUGUCAAAAGGCUCAAAAGGAAAAAGAGACUGUGCAGUCUGAGAUUGUAUACCGGACCAAGUGCAAUGAAGAACUGGAAGCUAUGAAGACUUCAUUACAGGGCAUCAUAUCCCAACUCUGUGACAUAGAUUUAGAAGCCCCUAAUGAAAAGGCAUUGAAACUUGAGGAGAUUCAGAGCGUAGUUGAUAGCAAGAAGCAGAUCAUGGAGGACCUACAAAUCAAGUACGCUGAAAUAUAUAAAAUAGUUCCGGUUGAUAUUGCAGUGCAUUUGGAAGACUGCAAGAGAACAUUACAUGACCUGGAAGAAAAGGUCAGCACAGAAUUCCUGAAAAAUUCCCCUCACUACAGCACAGAGAAAAAAAUAGAAGACAUUAACAAAGGGCUGCAAGCUGUUGAAAACAUGUUACAACAGAAGAGCAAAAACAUUGCAAAAGCAAAAGAAAUUCAGAAGAGAAUUUGGGAUUUGGUAGAUCUUUGGCAUUAUAAAAUGAAUGAACUGGAUUCAGAAGUUCAAGACAUAGUGGAGCAAGAUCCUGACCAGGCUCAAGAACUGAUGGAUCGCUUGAUGAUACCCCUGCAACGAUACCAGCAAGUUUCACAGCAUGCCGAGCGCAGAACUACAAGCUUGAACAAGGCCGCUAGCAAGAUGGAAGAAUGUGAUGAACUCCUGAAAAGCACCAAGGUUUGGCUUGAAAACACUAGCCAUCUACUAACAGAGGAAGUGAAAAGUGACUCCACAAAAGCUUUGAAUAAAUAUGCCAGUGCACUUGAGAUGGCAUUAGAAGAUUCAGAACAAAAGCAAAGUAUUCUCAGUGCCAUUUCCCCAGAACUGAAAGAACUGUCCCCUUUAAUUGAAACUGACAGCAUGGUACAAGAAUUGAUGGAAGUAAAUGAGCAAGUUAAAGCCUUACAGCAAAAGAUAAUGGAAAUCCUUCCACGUAUCCAGCAGCUGGCUGAUGAUGUUGAAGCUAUUGAAUCUGAACUGAAAACAAUGGAGAAGGAUGUAGAAAAAAUAAGGACUAUAUUGUCCCCCUCUGAAGACACACUUGAUUUUUCUCCCAAGGAGCAUCUUAAACAUUGCAAGGUUAUACUGGCCCACAUCUGCCCCAUGCAGAAGGCUCUUGCUGAAAUACAGUCCUAUAAAGCAAAUCUGAGGUUGACUGACAUGAGAAUGCAACCUCUUUCAAUAUUCCAAAGAACUAAACAGCUUUUAAAAGAGCUGAAGGUACUAGAAAGAAUCACGGAGGAACAAAACGCCCUACUUGAGCCAAUUGUAAAAGAGGUAGAAGAAAUCGAGCAACAAAUUGACUUCCUGAAGCAGGGCCAAUUCCCAAAAAGCAACUUAGAUGAAUUGUCCACCGAAAUCCCAUGGCCUGCUCAAUCCACCUCCUUCCUCAAGGGUGAGGAGGUGGAAAGAGUAAAGCGACAGAUUGCCCUGCUGUGCCAACAGAAAGAGGGUAUUCUAACAACUAUGAAGAAUGCCUUGGUGGAACUGCACCAGAAUCAAGAACUACCUGAAGCUGAGGACAGUGACUUAGAAUCACCAGAGAAAAAUGGAAGUGCUGUUGAGUUGCAGCCCAAAAAGCGAGGCUCCCUGGCUCUUUUACCUUCUUUGGUUGAGGAAGCUGAAGACAGUUCGUUCCACAAUGAAGAGGUAGAUACUGACACCACAGAGAUGAUGGGCAAUGAGGACCCUCUUGACAGUCCAACCAAGGGCAAAUCUUCCACCCAAGUCACCAACCCUCCCGAGUGCUUAUGGAGAUCACUGAGCAACACAAAGGCCACCGAGGACACAGUUAGACCCGACUCUGAGCCUGCUCAGGUCCUCCAUGUGUGCCAGGCUCAGAUUGCUGAGCUGGAAGUGUGGCUCGAUCAAGUUAAAGAGUCUCUAGGAUCAAAAGCCCAGAUCCGCCAAAUGCAGCAGUCGGUGGAGCAGCAUCUAGCUGCAUGCCAGGUGAUGUUAUCAGAAAUUGAACAGAAAGUCAUGUGGUUAUUGGAGGAUUGCAAAAGCACGUCCACUAGCAAUAGCUCAGGCCUCGAGCAAGAAACAGAGAACCUUUCCUUGAAACUUAAAGAUGUGAAGUGCAAGUUGGAAAAAGUCCAGAGCAUGCUCCAAGACAAAUACACAGAAGAACAGAUGAGCACUGAUGAAAAGACCUCUGUCAAGUUCCCACAGUUUCUUCAUUUUGACUCCUCUAGUUCAUUUCCAAGUGUGACCUCAGACAGGCCUCUGUUCGGUAGACCUAAUGAUUUACAGCAUCAGCAGGAACUGAUGCUAAAGUUGUCUGAGCAAAACAAUCUCAUUGACUUCCUAGAAGUGUACAUGGAGAAAAUCCAGCCUCACCCUAGGCACAGCACAGUUCUGGAACUACAAACAAGCCAUGAGACAGUCAGCACCGGAAAUGAGCCUCUUGGACUGACUCCAAAGGACCAAACAGGUGAUAAGUGGCAAUAUUUACAAGAAGAACUACUAUUCAGGAAGAAUGCCCCUUGCUGUCAAUUUGAUGAAGCUCAGGUCACUACCAAAAUAAAUAUUCUGCCUCUGGGUGCUACAUCGAGUGUGAGAGCUCCAACUGUUGAGGAGCUGAAAACAUACACAGCACAACUUGACAACCUAAGCCAGGAAGCAUCUUCUCAGAUACAGGAAAAUGAAACUGGAGAAAAUGCAUUAAGCCUGGAUCAGAAACUCUUUGAGUUGCUUCUGGCAAUCAGCCGCUGCCUGAACAACAUGGAGCAGAUGUUAGGCACCUGUGUGCUCUCCAGUGAAGAAGCUCCUGUACAGCAAGUGCUUUAUGAAACUCUCUCUGCAGAACUACAAAAACUUCACACUGAUAUUGGUGAUAAAAAGGAUGAUCUGCUGAAGUCCAUCACCUCUGCUGGUGGAAAUUCUGAGAGAUUUUCCCAGUGUUUUAGCAACUUGCAGGCAUGGCUCCAGUUGACACAAACAGCUGCUGCUUUUAGAAGCGAGUCUGUGAAAACUGAGAUGGACCAUUACAUCAAUUAUCAGAAUGAAAUCAGGCACUUGUAUGAUGCAUUGAUUGAGAAAAAAUCCUCACUGCAACAGUUUUUCAGUGGAAUGAGUGGGCACAAUAUUUCUAAGCAAUUCCAGCAGGUGGACGUCUUUGAAUUGGAACUGCAAAAUUUUGAGACACAGGCAGCUAAACUGAGAGAUCAUGGAGAAAGAUUUCAUUUGCCAGUUGCCAUAACCCACGAAGUGUAUAAGCUAGAGGAGGUGCUGGAUGAUCUUUGGGAGAUCCUAAGAGUCAAACAGAAGGAGCUGAGCUCUUCAUUCAUUAAUGAACAACAAUAUGAAGCUCUGUUACAAGGACUUGCAGAGCUCAUAGAUCUUGGGAAAGGAAAACUUGCUCAUGUUUCAAAGCUGAAAAUUACCAGUCAAUCUGAUUUACAUAUAUACCUACAAAAUCAUAAGAGCUUUUUCUGUAAACUGAAUGGCCAUAUGCUUCUUGUACAAAAAGUGGCAGCUUCAAUAUUACAAAAGAGAGAGAAAUUCUGGAAUGAUGUGGUACAGGAGAUCAAAUCAUUGGAAGAGCAAGCUAUUCAACAUGGAACCCGUUUGGAAAACCUUUUACAGGAUUGGAUAGCAUUUGAUGAGAACUACGUUUCAUUCUGCCAAAAGCUGGAAGCAUUUUCACCCACAGUGCCUUUUGUGACUUUAGUGGAAGAGACAGAAGAAAGAGUAAUGGAAAGGACUCAGUUCUUCCAGGAGAUCAAAAAGAACAUUGAAGGAGAACAGGUCAAAUAUUAUCAAAUAGUGAAAGAAGGGAAGAAUUUGAUAGAGCUUCUGAGCUGCCCUGAAUUGCAAUGCCAGGUUGAGAAGCUAGAACAUCAGUGGGCAUCUCUUUUCCAAAGAGUUGACCAUGAACUACAAAGACUUGAGAGACUGCACAAACUCUUGUCCAGUUACAGCAAAGACUCAAAGGAGCUCCAUGUCUGGUUGGAAUCUGCUCGGCAAAAAGUGAACUAUUGGAAGGAACAGUCACUUAAUGCAUCCCAGGACCUGAACACUGUCAGGAACCAUAUUCAGAGUUUGCUUGAAUUCUCUAAAGAAGCAGAUGAUAAAUCUUCCUUGAAGUCUUCGGUCAUAAGUACUGGAAAUCAGCUCUUGCUUAUUAAGGAAACUGAUGCUGCAAAGUUGCGGUCCUCUCUGGCAGAAUAUGAGCAGAGAUGGACUGACCUGCGUGUUCAAUUGCCAGUCAUCCAAGAGAAGUUUCACCAGCUCCAGAUGGCAAAGUUGCCAUCUCAUGAAGCCAUCACAGAACUGAAUGCCUGGAUGAAUUGCAUUGAUCAGCAAAGAAGAAAUGAGGUUAUAAUUAAUUUGCAAAGUCCUGCCAGCCAAGUGAAAGGCCUUCUUAGGAAGUACAAGGAAUAUGUGAUGGAAAUGAACUUCAAACAAUGGAUAGUUGAUUAUGUGAACCAGUCACUACUACAGUUGACACCUUGCGAUGUUGAAAGCAAGCGUUAUGAGAGGACGUCAUUUGCAGAAUGUCUCGGGGAACUGAAUGUGAAUUGGCACUGUUUGCAAGGGACUCUGAAUGGAAAGAUAAAGGAGUUGGAGCACAUUUUGGAAUCUGUUGUUGAAAAUGAAAACGAAGCACAAUCCUUGGGCAGUUGGCUAGAAGCACAAAGCAGAAGGCUAAAAUGUUUGAAAAACCCAGCAAGUUCUAUUCUUGCACAGGACACAGUAAAAGACUGCAAGGUGUUAGAAAAUCAGCUUGCUGUUAAGUCUAAGGAUGUGGAUCAACUGAAAAACUAUCACACAGCUUUAGAGGAUUGUGCUGACGCUGCCAAGAAAGUAGUGUUCACAACCAAUGAUUUGGAUGAAAUGAAAACCAGCAUUAUCAAUCAGGUUGCACAGCUGAAGUCUUCUACACAGUCUGCUUUAGAGUGCUGGAAGAGUUAUGAUGAAGCUUGGGAUGAAAUCAGACUGAUGCUUGCAAAUGCUUUGUAUUGCCUGGAGCAUAGCAUGAGUCCUGUCAUUACAGUGAAGACACUGAAAAAGCAAGUGGAAGAUCUCCAGUCUCUUCAAGAUAAAAAUGAGGAUAACAAAGAAAUCUGGGCUAGACUCCAGACUGCUGCUGAUAACCUGAAGAAACUGUGUGAUCCCUCAUUCUCAGAGAUUAUUGAACAAAAACACAAAGAGGCACGCACAAGGUGGAUGUUGAUAAACAAAAAUAUUGAAGAGAACCUACAGAAAGCUCACACCCAUUUGCAUCUGUGGGAAUCCUAUACUAGCUUAUACAAUGAGGUUUCAGCAAAACUAGACAAAUAUGAAGAGCAGUGUGAUUCCCAGCUGAUGUCUGAUACACUUUCAAGCUACACAACGGACUCUCUUAAGCAGAAGGCACAGGAUAUAAAAAAACUGCAACUUGGCCUUCAAGACAUCAAAGAAUAUUUUCUUCAGGCUUCUGAACCAGGAGAUAAAAUAACUCAGUUGGCUGAACCAGGAACACAGCCCCUUCUUCAGGAGAAGCUCCAGCCAUUUCAAAGGAUCUCCUGUUUGGAAAAGAUGCUACAGAUGAAAGCAGAUGUUUUUCAGUAUGGUCUUUUACAACUAGAGAAUUUUGGGAAUUCCUUGGAAAAACUGGAGAAUCAUGUUAAAGAAUCAACAGAAAUACUUGACAAUUCGCAUGAAAACAAUAAAGACUUGGAUCUACUCAUGAGCCAGUUAUUGAGUCUCACGUCUUUGUCUCCUGAGAUGGAGAGACUGAAUGAAGUCAGCUUUAGAUUGCCACUCUGCGACUUUACUGUAAAGAGAUUACAGAGUCUUAAUCGGCAGUGGACUCAGAAAACUGCUAUGGUUCUGGAGCAAUGCAGUGAACUGCAGAAUCAUCAAUCAGAUGAGAAGAAGUUCCUUCAGCAAUGUCAAAAUUGGGUACAGUUUCUAGAGAAAAUGAAAGAGAGCCUGAAAGAGAACAUGGCGGGUACACUUGAGAAACUGCAAGAACAGCAGAAAGAACAUGAGAUAUUACAAGCAGAGAUUUCCAUUAAUCAGCAAAUUUUCAGUUCUGUUGUGUCAAAAGCUCUGCAUAUGUUGGAAUCAGGAGAAGUAGAAAACAGGACUGAGUUUAUCUCCAGGCUCACACUGCUGAAGGAGCAGUGGCAGAGUGUAGUGCGGAUGGUUCAUCGGAAGAAGAGUGACAUCGACAGCCUUGUAAAGCAGUGGCAAAAAUUCACAACCUUACUGCAAGAUCUCACAAAAUUUCUCAUGGACACAAACAACUACAUAGCUGCUGUGAAGAGCCAGGACAAAUAUGGCUUGCACCAAAUUAGGAACCUGGAACAGAAGUUCAAGAAUAAGGAAAUACUUCAGAAGAGGUGGCAAACCAGAUAUUCUUUAAUCUUGGAUACUGGGGAAAAGUUACUUGGCGUGGUAGCCCCUGAAGCAAAGGCUGCCAUACAGCUGGAGAUGAGUCAGUUGCAGGAUAGCUGGGACAACACACAACUUCAGCUGGAGAAGAUUACCAGGCAGUUUCAGGGCACCAUACAGACCUGGGAAAACUGUGAAAGGCAAGUCAAGGAUCUGGGCCAUGUUUUACUAGAGCUCAAAGGAAGAAUCAACAAACCUCUCCCUGCAGAGCAUGAUGCAUUGCAGGCAACCAUGGAACAUGUUAAGGAACUGGAGAAGUCACUCGCCAACUGGAGCCAAAAUGCAAAAGAACUUGAUGCCAAAAAGGUGGAACUGGCUCACUUUAUCCUUGAAGAAGGUGUGAUGGUGCUGAAAGAGCAAGUUGAACAUUUGCACAGCCAGUGGGAAGAACUCUGUCUCAGAGUUUCCCUGUGCAAGCAAGACAUAGAGGGCCGACUCAAUGCCUGGAUAGUGUUCAAUGAAAAAAAUAAAAAGCUCUGUGCUUGGCUGGUGCAGAUGGAAGGAAAGGUACUUCAGUCAGCAGAUACCGGUAUUGAAGGCGUGAUAGAGAAGUUGCAAAAGGAUUACAUGGAGGAAAUCAAUCUGUUUAAUGAAAGCCAAUUAGUUCACUUCAAGGAAAUGGGUGACCAGCUGAUCAAAUCUAGCAGCAAAAGCAGAGGGGCUGAAAUUGAAGAGAAACUCAACAAAAUUAAUGACCGCUGGCAGCACCUCUUUGAUGUCAUUGGAGGACGAGUGAAGAAGUUGAAGGAGACCUUUGCUUUCAUACAACAGCUGGACAAAAACAUGAGUCAUCUUCACACCUGGCUGGCACACAUUGAAUCUGAGCUUUCUAAACCUAUUGUUUACGACAUCUGUGAUGAUCAAGAAAUACAGAAGAGACUUGCAGAGCAGCAGGACCUGCAACGGGACAUUGAACAGCACACUGCAGGUGUGGAAUCAGUCUUCAAUAUAUGUGAGGUCUUGCUGCAUGAUUCUGAUGCCUGUGCCAAUGAGACUGAAUGUGAUUCAAUCCAGCAGACAACAAGGAGCUUGGAACGGCGGUGGAGAAACAUCUGUGCCAUGUCUAUGGAGAGGCGAAUGAAGAUUGAUGUAACUUGGCGACUGUGGCAAAAGUUUUUGGAGGAUUACUCUCGUUUUGAAGUCUGGUUGAAAACAGCAGAGAGAACUGCAGCUUAUCCCAACUCCUCAGAGAUUUUGUAUGUAAAUGCCAAGGAAGAGUUGAAAAAGUUUGAAGCAUUUCAGCGGCAAAUUCAUGAACGACUGACUCAGCUGGAACUGAUCAAUAAGCAAUAUCGGCGGUUGGCCCGUGAGAAUCGCACUGAUUCAGCUAACAAGCUCAAGCAGAUGGUUUAUGAGGGUAAUCACCGAUGGGACAAUCUCCAGAAACGUGUCACAGCAAUUCUCAGGAGACUUAAGCACUUUACCAAUCAAUGGGAAGAGUUUAUGGGAACAAAGGACAACAUCCUGGUGUGGUUAACAGAAAUGGACCUACAGCUGACAAAUGUGGAACAUUUCUCAAAGAGUAACUUUGAUGACAAAAUGCGGCAGCUAAAUGGUUUCCAGAGGGAAAUAACGCUAAAUACCAAUAAGAUCGAUCAGCUGAUUGUGUCUGGGGAAUAUCUGAUUCAAAAAAGUGAACCAGAGGAUGCCAUUAUACUUGAAGAGGAACUAGAAGAAUUUCACAGUUACCGCCAGGAAGUGUUUGGCCGAGUAGCCCGAUUCCGCCAGCGACUGACAUCCUGGCACCCAGGACUGGAAGAUGAAAAAGAGACUUCAGAAAACGAAGCCGAUUCAGACCAUGCAAGCGGGAUGCAAAAUGAUCCCUGGCCAAAGAAGACAGUGCAGGAGGUGCCAUCAUCCCAGCAGUCCCUCUCUCACCUCAUGCCCACUGCAGUGCGUCACGAGAGGUCCGGCUGUGAGACCCCUGUCAGUGUGGAUUCCAUUCCACUCGAGUGGGAUCACACCGGAGAUGUGGGAGGCUCUUCCUCUCCUGAAGAGGAAGAAGAGGAAUCGUACUUCAGUGCGCUCUCAGAUGUAGAAAUCACUGAACAUCCUGAGGCAUAUCUUAAAAUGACCACAAAAGCUUUGAAAGCAGCUUCUGGGAAAUCUGCUGAAACUCACAUAUGGCAUCCUUCAGAACACGCAGCUUACCGAAAGCAUUCAUACAACCAGGAAGAGAUGGUUAGAAGUGUCUUAUCAAACAGCAAAGAAUCCAGCACAUCCUACAAACCAGGCAAUGUGAAGCCGCUGAGCACUAGGGGCAUGGAUGACAUGAAAGACAUUUCCAGGAUCUUGCCUAGCAAAGAUUCCCAAGAUAGCGAGAACUUUGUUGGUAUUUCAGCCAUAGAGAAACAGCCAGGAACUAUUGAGAGAUGGGAACUCAUUCAAGUUCAAGACCUAAGCAACAAGCUGAGAAUGAAGCAAACGUGGCAGCAGUGGCAACAGCUGAACACUGACCUCACCAAUAUUGAUAUUUGGCUGGAUAAAAUGGAAGAAGAAAUGGAGGGGUUGCAGGAGGCAGAAUCACAACCAGUCAGCAGUAUUCAGGCCAUAGAGCAGAGAGUCAAGAAGCUGAAGGAUAUGUUUAAAGCCUAUAAUAACUACAAGGCCCUUGUGCUGUCUGUUAAUCUGACCAGCAAAGAUUUCAAGCAGACAGACAGCACUGGAUGCAAGGAGCUUCAGAACAGACUUCGACGGGUAAAUUUACGGUGGGAGAAGGCAAAUCUUUUACUGGAGAACUGGAAGAAGAAUUUACAAAAAGCUCUGAUUCACUGCCAGGAUUUUCAUGAACAGAACCGGAAACUGCUACUAUGGCUGGCUGCUGCAGAGACACGGAGGCAUCAAGCCCAAAUUAAGGAUCCAAAUGCUGAUCCUCAUAGAAUACAGGAAAGUCGAAAAGAGUUAAUGCAACUGGAAAAAGAGCUUCUGGAAUGGCAGCUUCAAGUAAAUACUCUACAGGAAAUUGCUUCAUAUUUGCUUGUUAAACCUGAUGGAGAAGAAUAUAUUGAAGCUGAUGAGAAGGUCCAUGUUAUUGGGAAGAAGCUUAAACAGCUUCUGGAAGGAGUUUCAUGUGAUUUAAAGGUCUCACAGGGAAGCCAGGACAUAAGUGAAUUUCUGUUGCAUGGGGAAGAAUUGGACUCUGUAACCUAUCAUCAAUUACCAGAGAAACCUCUAAUUUGUAAAAAUAAGGCAAGUUGUUUGGUGGUUAUUUUGAUGGAAGACAGGGAAGAAACCAAUCCAGUUGCACCUGAGAAGUAUGCUUUCAUCUACCGUGUCCUACGAGCAGCAUUACCUCUACAGUUAUUCUUCCUUCUUGUGUUGUUUUUGGCUUCCUUGAUCCCUGUCUCAGAAGAAGACUACAGCUGUACCCAAACCAACAACUUUGCCCGUUCUUUCUACCCAAUGCUACAAUACAUUAAUGGACCUCCACCAACUUAAAGACACUCAAUUUUUUUUCCAUUCAGUCAAAAUUAAUAUCUUCUGUGGGGUCUUCUUUUUAUGCUGCUAAAGUUUGUCCAGAACUUCAGUUUCAUGGUGACCUCAGCCAGGGCUUAAAUGGCACUGAUGAGUAACACUGACAAUAUUAUAUGGAGAUCUCUACUGCACUCAACAGUAACCAAACUAACAGUCUUCAACUCAGAACAUGCUGUUACUUCUCAUCGCCAAGAUAUAGAUCUUUCAGCAAUUUCAGUACUUGGAUUGGGUGGGAAAGAAUUGUUAGUUACUUAGAGCUUUGUACAGAAAAGCUGUUUCUAUAUAUUUUCGAACUAUAAGCAAUGUACUUUAUACUUUUGCACAGUGUGUGAUCAAUCAGUGAUCUUCAUGCCAGAAAGAACCAUUGAGCACAGAAUUUUCAUGACUUAGUCUUGUUAGCGUUAAAAUAAUUUCUCUAAUCAAAGAUAAAUGCAUAACCCUCUAGAAAGAUCUACUGCAUAAGCCCCAUUGUAACAGGUAGGAGCUGGAGUUGCACAACAGCAUGGCCACACUAUUCUGUCUUUUCCCUUUAUUUUGGUGAGUCUUGCAGAGAACUUCCUGGUGGGUUGAAACCCUCAUUUUUAAUGUAAGAAAGAGAACUCUUUUUUCAGGUGAUGCUUUGCAUGCAUGGCGAUCUCUUUCUGUAUUUUGCUAUUUUAGUGGAAAGAUAACUUAAAUUUUUAAAAUAUUUGUUAUACAUAAGCAUUUUAGGAAUAUUACCUGUUCACUUAAUGAACAUGUAUGAGACAGAUUUUUAGUACUUAGAAUGUCUACCUUGUCUGAUGUCUCCUUUUGUACUGUUUUUAUAAAAAGAAAUGAAAAUGCUACAUGUAGGUAGCCUUUAUUGUUUAUAGGGUUUUUUAAAGGAAGAAAAUAAUUAGUGUUGAUUAUCUCACACAUAAACACAUGAACGAUGUAAACUUGUGGCUUUUUAAUCAAAAAUGUUUGUGUUUAACUUUCUUUGAAUAACGUACAGUAAGUCAGAAAUGAUUUGUGCAAGAGCAAAAUCACUCCUGUGGCCAGUACAGCAAUAUAUAUCUGCAUACAGAAUAUGGGGCCUUUAGCUCCUUUCUCUCCUGAUCCUGAGAAUUAGCACAUGACUUUCCUGGACAAUUCUGAUAAUGAAUUACAGGAAAUUGCAGACCCAAAUCAGGAGGAGUCUGGUAGCACCUUUCCUGACUAACAAAAUAAGCUCAUGGAAGCUUAUUUGUGUUAAGCACAAAAGGUGCACCCAAGCUUCUGAUUUUUGGCUACCAUAGACGAACACAGCUCUCCUUCUACAAUGUCUACAAUGAGGAAAUUACAGGGAAUUAGCAUAAAUAAAAAUAAAGUACAUGCUGGGUCUUGAACGGGAGAGGGAGAGAAGGAGAGAGGACUAAAUAGAGAAAUGGGAGGCAUGUCCUGAGGAGGCCUAUGGUGUGCCUUCCAUGCAUAGACGACAACUGUUAGCUUUUAUUGAUACACAGCAUCUCUUUUAAUCGGAGGGUCUGUAUCAUUGACUACCAAAGGGUUUUUUGAAGUGAGGAGACAUCAAGAGAGGGCCAUAGCUUUCUUGUCACUGCUUAUGAGCUUCCUGGAGCUCUCUGCUCAGUCCUUUUUGAAAACAGAAUGCUGGAUUAGAUGGAUAUUUUCUCAGAUAAAACAAAGUCUUCCUACCUUUUAAGCAGGAUGCUGCCUCAUCAGUAAAAAUUAUCACAUUUAAAAUGAAGUAGGCUUCAUCUGAUGGUAAGAAAUGAUUAUAUUUAAAUCCACAAUACACUGCUUCUGUGUACAAAACAAUCAUGUUUUCCUUAUUAAAAUUCUGCUAAUCUUUGCAAUAAUUCUGUCUUUGUCUCAAUACUUCAUAAAAUUAAGUUUUCAGGGACAGGUUACAGCAAAUGCUUGGUCUGUUGGCUCCUAAAUGCAGAGAAUUAGAUGUAACUGCUGCUAUCUCAAUACAAGAAAAGAAUGACCUUGUAUUGUCUUACUGUAAUUUUUCUCUGAAUUUACAUUCCCAUAAUAAUUGAAUCCAGAGGCAAUCUGA